CAACCAGAACACCAAUCCAUCACCUGUGAUUUUUGCUUUACCAUGGCUACUGAGCGCGAUAACAAUGUCUACAUGGCCAAGCUCGCUGAGCAGGCCGAGCGUUAUGACGAAAUGGUUGACUACACCAAGGAAGUAGCCAAGAUGGGUGUUGAAUUGACUGUUGAAGAACGCAACUUGCUCUCUGUGGCCUACAAGAAUGUGAUCGGUGCUCGCCGUGCCUCUUGGAGAAUUGUUUCUUCCAUUGAACAAAAGGAAGAGACCAAAGGCAACGCUUCUCAGGUGGAGAAGAUCAAGACUUACCGUCAAAAGAUUGAAACCGAACUUCAGGAUGUCUGCAAGGAUAUCUUGAACGUCUUGAACGAGAACCUCAUUCCUAACGCUGAAGGUGGUGAGUCCAGAGUCUUUUACUACAAGAUGAAGGGUGAUUAUCACCGUUAUCUUGCUGAAUUCCUUACUGGCGAUGAACGUAAGAAUUCUGCCACUCAGGCCCAUGAAGCUUACAAGCAUGCCACGGAUAUUGCCCAAACCGAAUUGGCUCCCACUCACCCCAUCCGUUUGGGUCUUGCCUUGAACUUCUCCGUGUUCUACUAUGAGAUUCUUAACUCUCCCGACCGUGCUUGCCAUUUGGCCAAGCAAGCCUUUGACGAUGCUAUUGCAGAACUCGAUACCCUUUCUGAGGAAUCUUACAAGGACUCCACUCUCAUCAUGCAAUUGCUGAGAGACAACUUGACCUUGUGGACUUCGGAUCUGCAAGAAGAUGCUGACAAGGGCGAGGAAGCCAAGGCUGACGAGGCUGAUGAGUCCAAGUAGAGAGAGCGUUUUUUUUAAUGAAUGAAUAAAUUUGGAGUCGAUUACGUUCUUUCUUUUCUUUUUUCUUGGGAUUGGGAAGUCAGUAUUAUCUUUUUGUAUCGAUCUUUUGGAAUACAAACAUUUGGCAGAUCUUGG